CUUCUUUGUUUAAUAAGCGUAUCUGUCACUUCGUCGUCAACCGCCCUUUUCUUCUGUAGAAUCAUCCUCUGUUUUUCUCUAGGCUCAAUACCGUCAAUUUGUCCUUUGUAUUCUUUCGUUGAUUUCCACCGUUCGAGAAUCGAAGGGAAAUGCUAGAUGAUAUUUCUCCAGCUACAAGUUCAUCCACUGUACGUGAUCCCUUGCUUCUGAUGGCGGAAGUCUAGUGUAAGAGAAUCAACUACGACCGUGGUGGUUGUCCUCGAUUUCUUCCGGUGGUCCGGCCAAUCCCUUCCCGUCCGGCGAUGCCAGGAAUUCCGAUGGACGGAGUCACUACAAACGUCGAAGCUCCAAACGAGUUGACUUCUUCUAAUAUCAAAGAAAACUCAUCCUCGCCCAGAAACCUGAGAGCCUCUCCGAGUGAGAGGGAGGCUCAAGCUGAGACUUACAACGAGCCGACAAUCGAGCAGUUGUUCGACAAUGUACGGGACUUGGAAAGCUCCAGUGACGGAUCAGAGUCUCGUCAUAGCUUUGGUUCUGAUGGCGAGGAAUCGAGAAUUGACUCAGAGCUGCGGCAUCUAGUCGGCGCAGAGAUGGAGGCCAUCAGAGCAAUAGAAGAGGAGGAAGCCGCCGAUGUGACAGAAGCAGAAAAUGGCGCUGUAGAUAAGAAACAAGCCCCAAAUGCCUCAGCUUCUGGAUCAUCGAAAAAGUCUAAAGGACCUUUGCACUUGCAGGCUCAGCCAGAAUCCAAUGCAUCCACAAAGACCAGCACGAAGAAGAAGAAGAACUCUCCUGAGAAUGAAGCAGCAUCGUAUGCGAGAGAUAGCCACACGAAGAAAAAGAAUGGGACAGUGUUGGAUUCAUCCGAAUCAAGUUUAGAAAACCCUGAUUUAGGCCCUUUCUAUCUCAAGCACGCCAGAGAUCUGAUUGCUUCCGACAACCCGCGAAGAGCCCUGAAGUACGCACUCCGAGCAGCCAAGUCAUUCGAGAAAGUUGCCGGUCGCCAGAAGCCGAGCUUGGAUUUGGCAAUGAGUUUGCACGUCACGGCAGCCAUCUAUUGCAAAUUAGGAAAGUUCGCGGAGGCUGUCCCUGUUCUUCAAAAAUCGAUCGAAAUUCCAGUGGUCGAACAAGGCCAAGACCAUGCCCUCGCCAAAUUCUCUGGCUACAUGCAGUUGGGCGAUAUCUAUGCCAUGCUGGGUCAGCUAGACAGUUCGCUCCAAUGCUACUCCGCCGGACUUGAAAUUCAGAAACAGACACUCGGAGACAUGGAUCCUCGGGUCGGCGAAACUUGCCGAUACUUAGCCGAAGCUCAUGUUCAAGCGUUGCGGUUCGAUGAGGCGGAAAGAUUGUGCCAGAUGGCUCUCGACAUUCAUAGGGAGAAAGGCGAGCCAUCGUCUUUAGAAGAAACGGCCGACAGGAGACUGAUGGGUCUCAUCUGCGACACCAAGGGCCACCGUGAGGUAGCUCUCCAGCAUUUAGUUUCGGUGAGCAUGGCGAUGGCGGCCGACGGCCGGGAAACAGAGGUUGCUUCAGUCGACUGCAGCAUCGGAGAUAUCUAUCUUUCACUGGGGCGAUACGAUGAGGCUGUGUUUGCGUACCAGAAAGCCCUCAAUCUCUACAAGACGACCAAAGGAGCUAACCACCCGACUGUCGCAUCAGUCUUCGUACGACUCGCCGAUUUGUACAACAAAACAGGGAGGUUAAAGGAAUCCAAGUCGUAUUGUGAAAAUGCUCUCCGAAUCUAUACCAAGCCCGUUCCGGGGACUCCUGCGGAGGAGAUCGCCGCAGGCCUGACUGAUGUCUCUGCGAUAUACGAAUCCAUGAACGAGCAUGAGCAGGCACUCAAGUUACUCCAGAAGGCCUUGAAGAUGUAUGAUAAUUCUGCGGGACAGCAGAGCACCGUCGCAGGGAUCGAGGCGCAGAUGGGCGUGCUGUACUAUAUACGAGGAAAUUACGGCGAGUCUUAUUUGUCAUUCAAGAGGGCGAUCGAUAAGCUCCGGGCGUGUGGGGAAAAGAAAUCGGCUUUCUUUGGAAUUGCCUUGAACCAGAUGGGUUUAGCUUGCGUGCAGAGGUACGCCAUUAAUGAGGCAGCUGAAUUAUUCGAGGAAGCCAGAACCAUUCUGGAGCAAGAAUGCGGGCCGUGCCAUCCGGACACGCUGGGAGUGUACAGCAAUCUUGCAGGAACUUAUGAUGCGAUGGGAAGGUCGGAUGAAGCCAUUGAUAUCCUGGAAUAUGUCGUCGGACUCCGAGAGGAAAAGCUGGGAACCGCCUACCCCGAGGUAGACGAUGAGAAAAGGAGGCUAGCUGAGUUGCUGAAGGAAGCUGGGAGAGUCAGGAACAGAAAAUUGAGGUCACUUGAAACUCUCCUCGAUAGCAAUCCACGAGCUGUUGAGGGAGAAGCGACUCGAUCGUGAAGAUUGAUUGAUGUAUACAUUUAGAAAGUGAAUUGCUCGUGCACUGAAUUUUUUCAUACCAUCUUCUUAUACUUGAGGGCUGUGUGAUUGCAAUAUCAGAUCUCCAUUGUAAAUUUGUUGUCAUAAUGUGAGACAAUUGAUUUUCAUGAGCUGUUUGUGUUGUUACAAUUGGUGAAUGUGAGACGACUUAUUUAGUUA